UUUAAAUAUCGUAGCAUUUAAAGAUAACCAUCUUAAUACAGAUUUUUAAUCGGAAAUUACAAACGUCCAUUAAUCAAAAAUCAUCCAAUUCGAACUCAAUUUCGACACAGUGAUGAUAAAUUCGAUCGAUAUACCUAAUUCGUAUACAUCGACUAGGAAAUGCAUUUCGUAACAAAUCUCUCGUUUCUCGUCGUUUUUCUGAUAAAUGGAAUCGCCUCAACAUCUACAUCAGACACCACUUCGGCAUACGAUCUAACAAAAGUUCUAAACACCACCAUCGUUGGAAUAUUCCGAAACACCGAUUACGAUGGCAAAGCGAAACAGUUGAUGAACAAGUUGGCAACAGAUUCGGGCACUUUCGAAAUAUCAAAUAACCGAAAUUUGGAACCGUUCAAGGAUAAAAUCUUCUUUAAUAACAUCGAGAUUUUUGCAGAUUAUAAAUCCAAACCUCAACGUAAAUUCUGCGAAUUUACUACAAAUAAAACGUUUAUCAAUUACAAAGAGAUCGAAUUCACAGUAACCACAGAUGUUUGUAUCGAACUACCAACAAAAUACACUCAUUUCCAAGGAUACAUCACGUACCAAAAUUUAACCAUAAUCGCGACCAGAUUGUUGACGGAUAAGGAUACAGACAAGAAAGUGGAAGUUGAUAUUUCGCACGGUGAUUUAUCAAAUGAUCAAGGCAAUCGUUUAUCAUACUGCGAUGAAAUCGCCUACAAGAAACAACAACAAAUCAUCUACACAUCCGGCAUGAUGUUGCCAUCUCUGAUAAACGCUUCUUUCGCCAGCAAUAAAAUCGCCAAUAUCCUCGAUCAAGAUUUUUGUCAAUCUCCCAAACAGAAGAUCAUUUCAGAGCAGUCGAAUUUCCUCGAAAACGAACACCUUUACUACUACCACAUACCCACGAUAUCCUUCGUGUAUAUAAACCUGAAUAACGUCAAGAUUCGAGGAUUAUCCAACUUCAAAUCGUACAGUAAUAACGAAACUUUCGGCGAUGACGGUUAUACUUUGAUCAUGGAGAAUAUCACAGGUGAAAUGCGACUCGAGCAUGGAUUCAAAGGUGUGCCUAAUGUAGAACUCAGUUUCACCUCGGAUCUUUUGUACGUGUCGCUGGAUAAUGCUGCUAAACGUAUCAGAGUCCAAGCUCAAGACUAUUCAAUUAUUCAAACUAGUUCGCAAUCGGUUGUUUCUUUAACGCCUUGGUUGAGUAAAUACUCGUCCAGUCUGAUGGAGCAAAUCGAAUCGGCGAUGGCGUAUUCUUUGAUGCCAUCGAUAGGAGUGCUGAGAACACAUGGAUCUGGUUUUUCAAUCAAUAUGCGGGAAAUGGAAAGAAGCAUCGUACAACUGCUGAAAAAUGUUACAACAACUUGAUUCGUAGAUUCAUUUCUGAAAUAUCGAUCGUGUAUCUGGCAGUGGCACAGAAGAUACAAGACAGGAUACUGAAGUGAAAAAGGAGGCCAUUUCUUUGAUUUACCUACAUAUUUUAUAAGCUGUCCAUGUAAAUUUGUACCUACUCCAAGUUUUUAUAUUUUAUAAUAAGUAUGUGUAAUUAUUUAAUUAAAAUUAAAAGGUUUUUUUUACUACACUUAUCCAAUAUAAAAUCAACACAA